GUAUCAUUUACAGUUUUCAAGAAGAAACGGUGUGUAUGUUUUAGAUUCUAUCAUUUUUUUUCAAAUCAUUGUAUUUCAAACAAUUUUUCUAAUUAUAAUUUUUAUUAGUGAUAAAAAUAUAUCAAAUUGUUUUAAGAGUUUUUAAGUAAAUAAAAUAUACGUGAUGAAUGCUGAUGGAGGAUUAAAAAUGAAUUUCACAACAGACGUUAGUCAUACAUUUAUUGAUCUGUUGCAGAAAGAAUUAGUAUGGGAUGAUGAAGUCGAUUCUUGGAUGUUCAUGAGAUCUCCAAUACCAGUAUUUUCAAUUGUGAUUAUUUAUUUAAUAUUCAUAUUGAAAUUUGGUCCAAAAAUAAUGGAAAAUCGAAAUCCAAUUAAUUUGAAGUACCCAAUGCUGCUCUACAAUAUUAUUCAAGUUGCUUUUAAUGCUUAUAUGGUUUCACUGUUUUUUACAACACCUGGAGCAAUUAAUCAUCAUUUUAAUUAUUUAUGUCAUCCAUUACCAAGAAGUUCAAACAAAAAUCUUUUGCUUGAGCUUAACAAAGCAUCGUGGUUUUUCUUCGUAUCAAAAUUAAUGGAUCUCACCGAUACCGUGUUUUUUGUUCUACGAAAAAAACAAUCGCAAGUAACAUUUCUGCAUAUUUAUCAUCAUUGUAACAUGGUAAUCUCAUGUUGGGCAUAUCUUAAGCUUAUAAAAGGAGAACAGUUGCUUCUAUGUGGCCUUAUAAAUGCAACAGUCCAUGUUAUUAUGUAUAGUUAUUACUUUUUAUCUGCAUUAGGACCUCAAAUACAAAAAUUUUUAUGGUGGAAAAAAUAUUUAACUAGAAUACAGAUUGUACAAUUUUUAAUAAUAAUAGCCUACCAAACGUGUUUGUACCUAUUUGAUUGCAACUUUCCUAAACUAUUUGUUAUGUAUUGUAUUGCCAAUGGAAUAUUAUUCUUAUACUUAUUUAUUAUGUUCUACCAAAAAACAUACACUAAAAAUGAAAAAAAAGAACGCAUUGAUUAAAAAUUGCAUCUGAAAAUAACUAAGAUCAUUUAUUAAAUAAAUUACGAUGGAUUUAUAACACGAUGAACCAAAUUGGUUUAUAUAUUGUUUAUAUUAUAAAUAAUUUUUUCUGUUUUGCCAUAAUCUGAGUAUUUGUAUAAUUUGAGUUUUUACAAAAUGUAAAUGUAACAUAAUAUUUUUUUUUUUUAUUUAAGAUAGAACGAUUGUUGUGAAAAAUGUAUUAAUUUCAUUUAUUUAUAUGUUAUAAUUUGACUAAUUUUAAUUAGAUUUUUUAAUAUAAUUAUUCUGAUAAAUA